AGUAGGGGGCGGUGUUUAAGCAAGCAAAGUGAUUUUGCUAAAGUUUACACAAAAUAACAUUUCAUUUCGCACUUUGACUAAAAAUAUCGUGACCCUGACGUUUUUGCGUGUCCACUGACUUUAUUUAAACGUGAGGUCUUAUUAUUGAAUGUUUUGUCUUUUUACUUGUCUUUCUAGUCUUCUAGUUCACUUCGCCGUCGACAUUUUCAGAGGAGUUUGACAUGUUCUUCCACGACUUGGACAGAGCAGAAAUGUCAUGGGACUUAAUAUCGUGCAGUGCGCAAUUCAGCUCCUGGUGAUGGACGGAGCCGCAGCCAAGGUUCACACUUUGAGAUAUUUUCACACUUCGUCUCAAGUCCCAAACUUCCCAGAGUUUGUUUCUGUUGGAUAUUUGGACGACCUUCAGAUCACUCACUUUGACAGUGUCACCAGGAAAUACGUCCCCAAACAGGAGUGGAUGAAGAAAAUCACAGAGGAGGACCCUCAGUUCUGGGAGAGGAAUAGACAGCUCGCUUUGGGGAACGAGCAGGUGGGAAAAUCCCAAAUAAAAACUGUGAAACGACGCCUCAACGUGACUGAAGGUGUUCAUUUUGUUCAGUUUAUGACGGGCUGUGACUGGGAUGAUGAGACUGGUGACAUCACAGGAUAUUAUCAACACGCUUUUGACGGAGAAGAUUUUAUUUCAUUGGAUUUUGACACUGAGACAUUUGUGGCUCCAAAAGAUGAGGCUUUUAUCACCAAACUGAAAUGGGAGAGGAUGGGAGAGGCUGCCAGACAGAAAAACUAUAUCACUGGAGACUGUGUCAAGUAUCUGAAGAAACACGUGCGGAACGGAGGGAGCGCUCUGAAGAGGACAGAGCUCCCCCUGGUGUCCCUGCUGCAGAAGUCCUCCUCAGCCCCAGUCACGUGUCACGCCACAGGCUUCUACCCCAGCAGAGCCAGGCUGUUCUGGACCAAAGACGGGGAAGAGCUGCUGGAGGACGUGGACCCUGGAGAGAUCCUGCCCAAUGAAGAUGAGACCUUCCAGACCAGUGUGUCCCUGGACCCGUCCUCUGUCCCCUCUAAGGACUGGGACAGGUACCACUGUGUGUUCCAGCUGUCUGGGGACAAAAAUAAGUAUGUGACCAGACUGGACCGGAGUAAGAUAAGGAUCAAUGAGAAGAACAACACAGCUCUCAUUAUCACCGUCCUUAUGGUGCUGCUCACUGUUUCUUCCUUCGCUGUGAUUGUCCUGGUCGUCUUCAUCUCGCGCAGGAGAUCUAAAGAGUGUUUGGUGAGAUCAGAGGCUACCCAGACUUUGUCUUCUAAUGAACAGAGAGAGCGUUUGGUGAGAUCAGAGGCUACCCAGACUUCGUCUUCUAAUGAACAGAGAGAGUGUUUGGUGAGAUCAGAGGCUACCCAGACUUCGUCUUCUAAUGAACAGAGAGAGCGUUUGGUGAGAUCAGAGUCUACCCAGACUUCAUCUUCUAAUGAACAGAGAGAGCGUUUGGUGAGAUCAGAGUCUACCCAGACUUCAUCUUCUAAUGAACAGAGAGAGCGUUUGGUGAGAUCAGAGGCUACCCAGACUUCAUCUUCUAAUGAACAGAGCGGUAUGAGGAUGAGUAACACAAAUUAACUUUCAAACCUUGUAAAUAUUUUGUGUUGAGGGUUUGAUUCCUGAACAGCCUGACAUUUUAUCUGUGUGGAACAUGAACUUUCUGCUUGUAUCUGGAUCCUGACUCAGAACUGCUCCACAAAUGUGUUAUUUUUAUAUGGUUUAUUCUCUGAUGUGUACAGACUUUUUAUGAGGGUGAUAUUUGUUAACUGCUUCAUUACGGUUCCAUGUUUUUCUGUUUAAUUGAGCAACUGUGAAAUAAAUCGUUGGUAAAGUUUAAAGGGUUUCUACAUUUUACAUCAGACACAGAGAAAUCCUAAACCUGUUUUUAAAAUUGUGCAAAAGUGCCAUCUUGUGGUGUGAGUUCUGCAUAUACACUUUGAGUAGAGUUUGUGUCUCUGGAGACUGGAUUUGGAGUAGAUAGAAUCAGUCAGACUGAUGUAUUAAACACGAGCAGUCAGAGGUUCGGACUCACCUCUCAUUCUGUGUUUUGUUUCUUUAUGUUUACUAUUUUACACAUUUUAAACUCAUACAGAACACAUCAAAUAUAUGAAGAAAAAAGUAAAAUAACUUUACUAAAUAUGUUUUAUAUUUUAUCUUGUUCCUGAGUGUGUUCAGAGUGUCCUCCCUUUGCUUUGUGGAGCUCAAACUCUUGUCCUUCUCUCAGUGAACUUCAUGAUGAAGUCCCUGAAGUGGUUUUCACUUCACAGCUGAGCCUCAGGGUCAAAAAAUGACAAAAGAGUAAACCAGGGUCAAAGGGUGAAGGACAUUUAUUGUUUAUUUAAUUUUUAAUCUAAAACAAGUUGUGAUUUAUUCAGUUUAUUUCUGUUCACUACAUACAUAUGUCGUUCAGUGAGAAUCCACAGUGUAAAUAAUCAUGG